AUGAGAGGUGGUAGAAAGUAUCAAAUCAAAGGAUCAACUGGCACUGGUGCUUUUGCUAAAGUAUACAAAGCCACUGUUGACAGUAAUGCAAAAGAAAUGGUUGCUUUGAAGAUUCAGAAUCCCUCAUUUACUUUGGAAUUUUACAUGUAUCGCCAACUUGAUCUGCGUAUAUCUGAUGUCGAGAGACCAAGCUAUCUUGAUCUGCGUAUAUCUGAUGAUGUCAUAAAUUCUCACUUAGUAGUCGGUCGAUACAUGGAUGAAGUUCUAUGCAUGUAUUAUACCAUAGAGAUGUUGACCAUGCUGGAAACACUGCAUAGUGUUGGCAUAAUCCAUGGUGAUUUCAAACCUGACAACAUCCUUGUUUGCUACCCGAGGUAGCUAUACCAUAUUGCCAUUACUGUUAGUCUGUUACCACUUUAUGUCUC